AUGACUAGAGUUCCGUGUGUUCCACUUAUAAGAGAAAAAUGGGUGAAAAUUCUUGGCCCAAAAUUUGCCGAAAAUGUGAAGAAAUACAAUAAAAAAGAUUCAAAGGAUUUUGGUCGAAUUUGUUGGGCACAUUUUGAAGAAGAUGGAAAACGGAGAAAACAAGGACAACUUCCAAUUCGAAUGAAAGAUUGUCAAAAACAAUCUGUUAGUAAAGUGAGUUUCAUUGAUUUCAACUCUAAUGUUAUUUCACCUAAAAUAUUUUCAGCCAUCUCCAAAAGUGUUAUCGCGAAAGUGCUGUUAUUGUAGAAAAUCGCAAACAGACGAUCAGCUGAAACGAGUUCCGACUGAAGAUCGUGAAAAAUAUAUUGAGAUACUCGGACCGCGUUUUGCCGAAAAUUUGGAGAGGGUUAAACAUGGUUGUAUUUGCAUCGCACAUUUCAAAGGAUUUGUUAAGAAUCGAAGACAUCAAUUACCAUUCAGAAUGGAGGAAGAAAGCGAAGAGGAAGAGGAAGAAGAAAACAAAAUAGAGGUAGAACAAUCUGAUGAAGGCGAAGAGGAACAGGAGAAACAUGGAGAAGAACAAGAAGAACUCAUGAAUGAUGAAUCGAACGAUUUUCUGGAAGGGGUAAAUUUAACGCAGGGAAACGGAAUGCAAGAAAUACAGGAGACUGUAUUAUUGACAGUGAAAAUGGAACAACCGGAAAAUAAGAAUUUCUGUCGUUAUUGUGAGACAGAAUUGAAUGCCUCAAUUAAAUCAAUCGAAAUUCCAACAAAUACCGAUGAGUUUAUCAAAUGGUCGAAAGUUUUUGGCAGCAAGUUUUCGAAUAAUGUUUUUGGAAACCCAAAACCACAUUUCGUUUGUAUGUCUCAUGUUUUUGAGAAAAAUUGGGUAAAUUUUUAAAUAUGUUAAUUUUAUUUGUUUUUGUCAUGUUUUUGAAAAAAAUUGUUAAAUUUGUUAAUUUUUAAGAAUGAUGAAGCUUUAAAUUGUAUUUGAAAAUAUCUUUUGAAUUCGGUUUGAACCGAUAAAUAUUAUUUGUAAUCGGAAACGAGUAUUCUCCGCCUCAAAAAUGAAGAUUGUGAGGUUUUCAGGUUUCCCAUAAAAAAUAAAGGUUCCUCUUAGACUUUCCCGGGAGGUACUGUAGGGUUUGCGCGUGGUUUUUGUUGUUUGGUGUAUGCAGAUUUUUUUCAAUAAUUUUUUUUCAGCCACAGUUUUCGGAUGAAUGAGGCAAGCACAAGUGUUGUGGAAUAUGAUAUAGAAAGUACGCAGGAUGGCGGCGAAGUCAAAUUUAUAUGUAGACCAACCUGGAUCGAUAAAUUUGAAACAAAAGGUAGGAAAACAUCUACUCGACAUUAAAAACAAAUGAAAAAAAUUAACUUUCAGGCGUUCGAGACUUUCGAUUAUUGCUAGAAGAAUUUGUAGAGCAAUUUCUCAAUAUCAAUGGACUUUUACCAAGUGUUUCAAGAAUGUUUGUUGCCGUUUUACAAAGUUAUGGAGUUUUAAUCACAUGCGAAACAAAAUCAAAAAUUCGAGGAAUCGAUUCAAUUCCAGUGAGAAAAUUGAGACAACGUAGUAAUAUUGAUGAAAUGUUAAGAAAAAUUUCGAGUAUAACUGAUCAACUAAAUAUGACUCAAUUUCUAAAAAACUCAUUGCUGAAAACAGGCACAGGAAAUGUGGGUUCAGUUGCAUCAACAAUUGUUUCGAAUCGUUUGGAUCUUUGGUAUUUAUCAUAUUCUGAUUAUGAAAUUGGAUUGGAAUUGAAAUUAUCAUCUUUGGGUCUUUUACGAGAAUUACAUUCAAGAAAACGAAUGGUUGAAUUUCAAAAUGCAAAAGUUUUACAUUCGAAACAAGAUCGAACGAUUUCAACAUUAUUAGUACAUUAUACAUUUUCUGCACUUCAGGUAGCUAUUCGAAAAAUAAAAUCACCUUUGAGUUUUGUUGGUGAUCAAAUAAUCCAAUUAUCACAUUCGCAUAUCGUUAAAAUGAGGCAUUUACAAUUCGAGAGUGAUUUAUUAGGACAUUUGAAUGAACUUUUGAUAUGUAGUUUGGCAUUAGAUCAAAGAAAUGUGCAAGAAGAAUUAUGCGAAAUGGAAGGAUUGAUUCGAAAAAAAAGUUCGCAGGUAGGUAUCAAAUCCCGGGAUCUGAUUUUCGAAAAAAUUGAUGUUUUCAGUACUUCAUUCCAUGGAAUGCGUGGAGUAUUGUUUCACGCUACGAGCGAAAUUUGGGAACAUCAAAUCCUGCCGCAUUUAUUAUCGAUGCAACUCGUUUAGCAGACUCGGUUUCAGACGAUGAAAUCAGUCAGAAAUCAGUGGUUUUUGUGGAGGAAGCGUGUAAAAUUUGGAAGAAUUGUCACACUUAUGAACAUGAGAUGUAAAUUUUCUCAUUUCUCAAAGCUUUCUCUAUGAAAAGGUUUUUAUUUAAGCUUAUCAAUCAUCACCGAAUUCACCAAAACACACCCACAAAAUGGUCCAAGAAUGUUGGAAUUGGCGAAAUUUUGCAAUAUUUCGUAUGAAAUCGACGCUCUUAUCCAAGAUGUGAGUUAUAUUUUACUAUUUUAGUAUUGAAAUUUAUAGUUUAUCAACUAUUUUGUGCUUGUCAGAUGUGCGGAGGUGUUGAUGAAAAACUUCAUCCGGCAAAUGAGAUUUGGUUAAUUUGGAUCGAGAGAAAAUUGAAUAAUGUUAAUCGAUUUGGUGAUAUUGAAUCGAAUAUUCGAUCUUGUUUGACUGCUAUUUUUAAUUUUCUGGAUUAUGAUUCGAACAAAUUUUCUCAGAAAGCUUGGGAACUUAUUCACAAAACUGUUCAAGUUGUGAGUUGGGCAGGGGAAAGUUGCAAAAUUAAAAAAAAAAAAAGUUGCAAAUUUUUUUUAAUCCCAGCAAAUUCAAAAAUCAAAGCGCCAUAUCAAAUUUAAAUAUUUUUGUGCCAUAUUUCAGAAAUUUAAAAUAAGAGUUUUCAGAAUCAAAAAUGAGAAAUUGCAAGCUGAAAAUCAAAAAUUAUUCUUUAAAUUCAAUCUUUUAAGUUGAAAAAAAGUGCAAUUCCAAAAUUUUCGCACCAAAUUUUGGGGCUCAAAAAUGUUUGUUAUUCAAAUCCAUUUCUCUAGGCUCGCCCUCAAAUGGUCUACGAAGAAUGGGAAAUGCGUCGCAAAUGGUGGCCUCGUUUUCACCGCAAUUCCUACAAUUUCUCAUUAAAAACUGAAGUUCUUGACGCACUUGAACAAUUGAAUUCUUCCUCUUGUUUUUCUUGACAUCAAACUACACACGUUAUUUCAACGUGAUAUACUUAUUUGUGAGGAAUUUCUAACUAAAUAAAUAAGAUAGGAUUCAGGAUUGAUGCUUUUGUCAAAAUUGUCAGCUGAAUUAGCUGAUUUGGAUGGAGAAAUUGGAGAAUUGGAUAAACAAAUUGGACAAUUGCGAAGGAAAAAAGCAGAGUUACAACAAAGGAAAGUUGCUGUAAGUCUAGAUUAAACAAAAAUUUCAACAAAAUUCAAUUUCUAUUCAGAUCGAAAGAAAAAUUGAGAUAAAAAGCAAUGAAGAUGAUGAUGUUGUAUUAGAAAGAUGGGAUAAAGAUGGAUUUGAAUGGUCUGAAAAUGCUAGAAAAGUGUUGAGAGAAAACUUCAAAUUGGAUGAUUUUCGACCACUUCAAAGAGCCGCUAUCAAUUCGGUUAUGAGCAAAGAAGAUGCUAUUGUUAUUUUGAGUACGGGCGGUGGGAAAAGUUUGUGUUAUCAAUUACCAGCGCUUCUUUCGCAAGGUAAGAUUCAGUUUUGAGAAGAGACUAUGUUAUGUUGAAAAUUUUAGGUCUUACAUUGGUAGUUUCGCCGCUGAUUUCACUUGUCGAAGAUCAGAUUCAUCAAUUAACAAAACUUGGAAUUGAAGCGGCUUGUUUGAAUGCGUCAACUUCGAAAGAAGAGAAUAAACGAGUUGAAGAAGCGAUUACCAAUAAAAAUUCGAGUUUUCGACUUUUAUAUGUGACUCCGGAAAAAUUGGCGAAAAGCAAGAGAAUAAUGAAUAAACUCGAGAAAUCAUUAGCUGUUGGAUUUUUGAAACUUAUUGCAAUUGAUGAAGUUCAUUGUUGUUCACAAUGGGGACAUGAUUUCAGGACAGAUUAUGCUUUUUUGAAUGUUUUGAAAAGGCAAUUCAAGUAAGUUGAGGGGUCAAAAAAUGAAUUCCAAAUUUAUUCUCACAAUCAAAAAAAAUAAGUAUUUUUUCAGAGGUGUUCCGAUUCUUGGUUUAACUGCAACAGCAACUUCAAAUGUUCUAGAAGAUGUCAAAGAAAUGUUGGGAAUUCAAGCUUGCCUCGUUUUCCGCGCUGGAUUCAACAGACCAAAUUUGAAAUACGAAGUUCACCCAAAAUCAAGUUCCGAAGAAGAAUGUGUUGGAGAAAUCGCGAAAAUAAUCAAGACGCGAUUCGAAAAACAAAGUGGAAUUAUCUAUUGUUUAUCCAGAAAUGAUUGUGAAAAAGUUGCGAAUUCUUUAUCGAAAUUGGGAAUAAAAGCAAAACACUAUCAUGCAUAUUUAGAACCGAAAGAUCGAAGUAAAGUGCAUGAAAUGUGGUUGGAUUCGAAAUGUCAAGUUAUUGUUGCGACUGUUGCUUUUGGAAUGGGAAUUGAUAAACCCGAUGUUCGUUUUGUUAUUCAUCAUUCAAUUCCGAAAUCUGUUGAGAAUUAUUAUCAGGUUUGUCAUUUUUUUUAAAUUCAGAAUUUGAAAUUCGAAAAACUGGAAAUCUUCAUGCUUUUGCGUCAUUUUGAAAAAUGUUCAAGGAAAUUGAAAAAAAAUCCAGAAUUUUUUACGUUUCAAAAACGUAUCGAAAUCUUCUGAUCAAUUGGAGAUUUGAUUUAUUUUCUUUAUGAAUUUUCCUCUUGUCUUACUGUACAUUUUUGCGCAGAAAUUCCACGAGGAAAAUGAAACCAAAAAUGCUCAUUAAAAAUUCCUGAAUUUUUUACGUUUCCAAAACUUAGUAAACAUUCUUGAAAGAUCAAUUAUUCCAAUUUACGUGCAAAAUCUUUGAACAUAAAUUUCAAAUUUUUUGAGGAAAGUGGUAGAGCUGGAAGAGAUGGAAAACUUGCAAAUUGUAUACUUUUUUAUCGCAUGGCUGACAUUUUCAAACAAUCAACAAUGGUUCAACAAGAAAAAACGGGUGUUGCAAAUCUUUAUAAUUUUGUUCGAUAUGCUUCAGAACCAAAUACUUGUCGACGAGUUCGAUUAGCUGAACAUUUUGAAGAAUCUUGGGAAUCGAGUUGGUGCCAAAAAAUGUGUGAUAAUUGCGAAUCUUCUUCUUCUUCUUCAAUUCGACAAAUCGAUGUUAGUAAAGAAGCUCAAAUUACAAUUGAAAUAAUUCGAGAAAAUUUGAAAAAUGCAAAAGAUGGAAGUGGAAAAAUUACGGGCAAUAAAUUAUUUGAAUUGCUGACGAAAAAGUUGAAAAAUAGUCAGACGAAGGAAUUUUGCGAGAAUUUGAUCACUUUUUUGUUGUUGAACUCGUAUUUACAAGAGGAUUUUCAUUAUACGGUUUAUUCGGUUAUCAGGUGAGUUGUCAAAUUCAAUUUGGAUAGCCUGGGAUCUUUUUUGCACUCCAUGUAAUUUUGUUUUUGCAGCUACGUUGUUGUUGGUCACAAAUGGCAAACUUAUGAUGGAAAAUCUCCGAUUUUUAUGAAUGUUAAAAUUUCGAGAAAACGAAAAGUUUCUGAAGAUUUUGUUGUUUUAGAUUGA